CGCUGAUACCUCUCAAAUUACCAGCUAGCUAGCUAGAUCGAGCAUUGUACUUGCCUGCCCUUGGACAGAGUUGUCAUUGCCAAACGGAGAAACAAAAACACGGCCACCAAGCAAAGAUUCAGACCCAAGCCCGCUCAGCUUGGCGCUGUUGUUGAUGUUUUCCCUUCCAGAUCCGACAAUCGACCUCCACUGGAGCGACUAUCAUGGAGGUAGGAUAUGACGAAGCGUGAUCCCUAUCGUUUGGAUCCAGCUUGUUCUUACAGUUUUCUUUAGCCAUCCAUGAGAUAUUCGCUUCCAAUGCCAAGCGCUUUCCGGACAGGGAGUGUGUAGUUGAGACCAAAGGGUCGCGGACUGUGCAGCGCAGUUUCACAUAUCGCCAGAUUCAUGAGAGCUCCAAUCAAUUGGCACAUCACUUCCUGGCUCAUGGGUGCGAAGUGGGAGAUGUGGUCAUGAUAUAUGCUUACAGAGGGGUUGACCUGGUCGUUGCCUAUAUGGGUGCUCUUAAGGCAGGUGCAACUGUCAGCGUGCUGGACCCCCAGUACCCUCCAGAGCGCCAGAAAAUCCUCUUGGACGUUGCACGCCCUAGAUUCCUAGUCUGCAUUCAGAGGGCCAAUGCGGAGUUCGGCAAGCCUUCUGAUAUCGUCAUGGACUUCGUGGCGAGCAAUCUGAGCAUCAAGACGACUGUUCCAUCCCUAGAGCUUCUCGACAAUGGGGAGCUCAGGGGUGGCAAUGUGAACGGCGAAGAUUGUCUCCAGCCCAAUACCUCUGACAUCUCUGGUGUCUUGGUCGGCCCUGAUUCUAUUCCCACACUGAGUUUUACCAGCGGAUCUGAGGGCAGGCCGAAAGGUGUUCAGGGACGCCAUUUUUCUUUGACAUAUUAUUUCCCUUGGAUGGCGCAGAGAUUUGGUCUUUCGGAAGCGGAUAAAUUCACCAUGCUGUCCGGCAUUGCUCAUGACCCCAUUCAACGGGAUAUUUUCACCCCGCUCUUCUUAGGCGCCAAAUUGGUUAUCCCUCCUGCCGAUGCUAUCACCUACGAACUGCUUGCGGAAUGGAUGAAAGAGCAUAGCGUGACGGUGACGCACCUGACUCCCGCCAUGGGCCAAAUUCUGGUUGGCGGCGCCACAGCUCAAUUCCCGUCCCUCCGGAAUGCCUUUUUCGUCGGCGAUCUCCUGACUAAGAAAGAUUGCAGAAAGCUGCGCGACCUUGCACCCAACGUCACUGUUAUAAACCUCUAUGGGUCGACCGAGUCGCAGCGUGCUGUGUCUUUCUUCGAGGUGCCAAGCAAAGCUCGCGACCCUGCCUUUCUGGAAACUUUGCCAGAUAUCAUUCCGGUGGGCCAAGGAAUGCUGGAUGUCCAACUCUUGGUCGUCGAUCGCGACGACAAGACAAAGCUCUGCGGGAUAGGGGAGCAAGGGGAGCUCUUCCUUCGAGCAGGGGGACUCGCAGAAGGAUACCUUGGGGACGACGAGAAGACAGCGGAACUCAACAAGUCUAAGUUUCUGACCAACUGGUUUGUUGAUCCCGCCAAAUGGAUGAAGCAGUACGAGCAACAGAAUGCUACGGGAGCCCAUGAGGCAUGGAGAAAACUUUACAAGGGACCGCGAGAUCGCAUAUAUCGAACUGGUGAUCUUGGUCGAAUCCGUCCUGACGGAAGUGUUGAGUGCACAGGCCGUGUUGAUUUGCAAGUGAAGAUUCGUGGCUUUCGGAUUGAGCUAGGCGAGAUUGAUGUAAACCUGUCACAGCAUCCAUUCGUGCGCGAAAAUGUCACCACAGUUCGAAGAGACAAGAACGAGGAGCAAACCCUUGUCACCUAUUUUGUACCCGAGACAAAACGCUGGUUUCAAUAUAUCCAGCAGCAAGAAGGUGGGAAAGCGGUCGACCCAGACUUGGGAGACGAGUCGAUGUCCAGCAUGUUGAGACGGUUCAAGUCACUGUCGGAUGAUUGCAAGGAGUUUCUCGCGACCAAGCUCCCCAAAUAUGCCGUCCCCAGCAUCUUGAUCCCUCUAGCUCGGAUGCCCUUAAACCCGAAUGGCAAGAUUGACAAGCCUGCACUUCCCUUCCCCGACCCGUCGGAUCUAGCUCUCAUGUCUAGGAGGAGAAGUUCAGCCACGGUUGAAAAUAUGACCGAAACUCAGACUCGACUAGCUAAGAUAUGGGCUUCGAUCCUGCCCAACCACACUGCACGAAUGUUCGUACCGAAUUCCAACUUCUUCGAGGAAGGCGGCCACUCAAUCCUUGCACAACAGCUGUUUUUCCACCUGAGGAGAGAAUGGAAAGACAUCAACUUACCAGUGAGUGUGAUAUUCCAGUCCCAGACGCUCCAGGCCCUUGCCGCAGAAAUCGAUCGCGCACAAGACCCCAUCGGUCUUCGCCUCGACACAAUGCCUCUUCCUGCAGAUGGGAUCGUCGAGGAUGAGGCGUAUGCGGCAGAUGCGAGGGAUCUUGUGCGCCAACUUCCCCAGGCUGUGGAUGGGCCACCAAUAGAAUUGGACUAUUCAAGCACGUCUCCCACUGUGUUCCUUACCGGCGCCACCGGCUUCCUAGGCUCAUACAUCCUACACGAACUUCUUGAGGGCCGUACCAAGGCGCGUGUGAUAGCACAUGUGCGAGCUAAGGACGCAGCAGCAGGCCUCGCUCGACUCGAGACCAUAACAAAGGCCUAUGGGCUCUGGUCCCCAAGUUGGACACAGACCUCUAGGCUUAAGGUCGUGGUUGGGGAUAUCUCUAAAGCCCAUUUGGGUCUGUCCCAGGAGAUCUGGGAUCGCCUUGCCGAUGAAGUCGACGUCGUAAUCCACAACGGUGCCCAGGUAAAUUGGAUGCUUCCGUAUUCAAGCUUGCGGGCGGCCAACGUGCUAAGCACAAUGGCUUGCAUCAGCCUCUGCACCACCAAAAAGCCCAAGAGAUUAACAUUCAUCAGCUCCACCUCAACACUGGACAACGAAUACUAUAUCCAGCUCACCCGUAAGGCUGGAGCUGUUGUGCUAGAGGCGGACGAUUUGGAAGGCGGUCGCAAGGGUCUGGGCACUGGGUAUGGACAGUCCAAAUGGUCAAGCGAGUUUCUCGUGCGCGAGGCUGGACGGCGUGGUCUAGUAGGCGCGAUCGUUCGCCCGGGGUACAUCACGGGGGAUCCGCAAUCUGGCACCUCGGUGACUGACGACUUUUUGGUUCGACUGUGGAAAGGAUGCUUGCAGGUCGGCGCGCGGCCGGACAUUGCCAACACGUUAAACGCCGUCCCCGUCACGCAGGUCAGUCGCAUUGUUGUUGCCGCGGCCUUCCAUCUUCCUGCUGCUCUCGGGCAGUCCCUCGGCGUUGCUCAGGUGACCAGCCAUCCGCGCCUGACGUUGAACGACUGGAUAGGUGCUCUGGAGUUAUACGGGUACCGCGUGCCGAUGGUGUCGUACCAGGACUGGUGCAUGAGGGUCAAGGAAUACGUCAGUAAUGACGACUCCAACACGGAGGAGUUUGCGUUGCUCCCACUGUUCCACUUCGUGGUGGGAGACUUGCCUGCGGAUACGGUUGCUCCUGAGCUGGACGAUGCAAAUGCCGCAGCCGCACUGAGUCAGUACAAUGUCAAGCAAGGAGACUCGGCGAGCCAAAAAGAUCCCUUGGCAGCCAAUUCGAUAGGUGUGCAGACUCUGGGCAUGUACCUGGCGUACCUCGUUGCCGUGAACUUCCAACCUGCGCCGCCCUCGACGGGCGAGUUCAAGUUGCCGAUUCUGGACGAAGCGCGGGUCCGGGAAUUGGCCGCAGGCCACUUCGGUGGCAGGUCUGCAAGGCCGUGAACGACGGAGCACAACAAAGACGGCGUCAUAGGUUGAUAUGCCCCGCCCGAGAAAAAAGUCCAGGACGACGAAGGCAACGACAAUGAUAACAGGUGGUCACCUGCACGCGAGACUGUCCAUAGGGAACCUAUCUGGCUGCCACUUUCUCGUGCUGCAAGCGCGGCAUCAAGUCGACGAUGCCUCCUUGGAUCAACAAAUCAAUGCAACAGAUCCUGGGGGCUCUAAGUCGGGAUCAUGCUACCCAUUGAGGCGACCGCUGUGCAGACCUCUAAAGUUGAUCAAAUUUGGUGUUUUGAAUAAAGGGGAAGAUCAAAGCUCAACGGCGGCUGCGGAGCACUGAGGGAGUUCCCUCAGGGGCAGCAGGCGAGCGAAGGGUGAGUAAAGCGGCGAGCGGCCAGUCACGAGGGGAAGUGCGACGACAGCUCUUUCGCAUGGAUACUAUCAAAGUACAUAGUACUACUGUGUAUGCAAGCCACAGCCACAAAAGAUCGAAACACAAGGUGCCGGGAGUUGCAGAACGAGGAGAACAACUUUCGGAUGGGCAAGAAGCCGAAGCUCUUGCCAAGCAUGCCAAGCAUAAUUCCACGUGAUUUCCGGCUUGGCAUUGCCUCGCCUUUGACUCCCUGAAACAGU